AUUAAAAAAAGAUCAAAUAGCAAAACUACAUUCACAGAAGUGUAAGAACGAAUAUGUCAUAACCAACCGAAGCAUAUGUCCGCACCGUGCCGUGGUAUAAUGCAAGUAAGAUUCAGUUUGAAACUUACCUGUGUGGAAGGAACGGAACUCCAAAACUCGACACUUGAUAGUUGAGGUCCUCAUUGUCGAUGAUGCUAUAAUGUGGCCAUGAUACACUUGGCACAUGUUUUCGGGAUGAAAUUCAACAUUUGAAAAAGUGAAAAACCAAACGCAAUAUGACAAAAGUACGCAAACAAAAGCGCAAGAAGAGGUUCAGAGCGAACGUGAAUCGCAAACGUUUGCGAAACAAACUUCAAAAACUACCGAAAAUCGAUUGCAAAGAAAUUGAGAAUGAGUGGGAGCGCAAGAAAUCGAUACGCUCAAAUUUAAAUGAAAUGGGCCUAACAUACGAUCCUAACGAGGUUUUGCAAAUUCGUUCAAUAAAGCAAGAUUUGAUUGGAGUUAUUAAGCGGGAUAAAAUUAUCACCGAGAAUAACGUUCAGGAAGUAGAUGAAGAAUAUUCUACGAAUCAAAUAAGUCUUUUCAAACGAAAGAUCCAUGUUGCCAACGAUCUCGAAAAUGAAGCCAAGGCACCAAGGGAACGCUUAUUCCGUCUGCCCAAGAAUCAGGUUCAAUUUAUCACUUAUAUGAUGGAAAAGUAUGGAGAUGAUUAUAAGGCUAUGGCUAGGGAUAAAAAGAAUUAUUACCAAUUGACUUGGUGCCAAAUCCGAGGUAAAAUAGACAAACUCAAAAGUAUACCAGAGCAGUAUGCAGAAUACCUUUUGAAGACUGGUGAAAUUGUACUCGAUGAUCCAACGCCGCUUGAAGAAACCAAGAAAAGGAUCGGCGAAGAGAAUGCAAUGAAACAUUCUGUUCCGAACAAACAGAAAGUUGUAAAAAAAAGAAAAUCACUGUGGGAAGUUGAGUCCAUUGGAGAUGACGAUGAGACUGAUGAAUUCCAUAUUGGCAAUAAAAAUUUGAGUGAUGAUACAAACAAUGCCAAUAGUAUUCACAGCAAGAAUGGAUUGAAAAAAUUGAAACUAUUCUCUGACGAUGAGAGUGAUGCUGAACAUGCACCUGUUGAAACAGAUAAAAAAACAUCUGCUAAGCUGAAGAAUGCAAAUCGAAAUAGAAAACAACUGGAUUUGAAUGAAAAAAAUAUACCGAUAGACCAUAAGCAUAAUUCUAAUUCGCGGAAUUACUGUAACUUAGUUGAAGAAAAUCAAACUGAAGAUUCGGCUAAUAAGCGUCGAAAGAGUAACUUGGUGCUACAAAAAUGCGACUCUAGUGACAGCGACAAUGAUGAUGAAGAAGCAUCACUAGAUGGAGAUAAUCCAGCUGAUGGAUUUGUUAAUCUGAGCGAUAUGGGCGAGGAAGAACUUUCGGAAGAUGAUAUAUUAGACGAUGGUGAAUUCCUAACACACAGCAAUGAUGAGAGUGAUUAAAAUAGUACCCUCUUUUUGUAUUGUACAAAAUUCAUAUCUUUUCUGACCAAGUAUUGCUGUAAAUAUAAUAAUAAAAAUUCUGUUAUAAAAAUCCAAAAUCUUUGGUGAAUGCAGCAUCUAUAUUUUUCGUUUCUAUUUCCACUUUAGUUGGUGCUACAGCAUUUUUAGCGGAAUGAAAACUCUGUGAUAUUAUUGAAUGAAUUUUUAUUAUAUUAAUGACAAGUAACAGUACAUCGAUUUCUCAUAUGGCACUACCCUGACGGUUAAAUGUUGUUUUUAUUAUCCUCAGAUUUUUAUCAAUAGAAAUUAUUACCAUUUUUGACAUGCACAUGCCGAAGCCUGAAAGAGAACUAGAUUUUAACACGAUACACGUUCACUAUUGACCCUGUGAAUUCAUGAGGAUUUUUUCUAUCAGCGAAAAUCAAUACAGGCAGUACCUCACGGGGUGUAAUAAUAAUUAAUCAUAGGUUUACAGAUUUGUAUACAAAAGAGCCAAAACAUGAGCGCUAUUCACACUUCAAAAAUAUGUAACUUUAAAAAAAUACAUCUCACCUCAAUAUUGAUAUGAACCAAAUGUCUUAUUUUGUAAUGCGACUCAUGCAUACUUUUAUACAGUCUACGUGAAUACAUUAACAAUAAUUCAGAAGUUAUUUAUACUUCAGCUGCAAUUCUCAUUAAAUAAAUCUCAUUCCACCAUCAUUCAUAAUUACGAAUAAUUGAAACAAAUUUGUCUAAAUUUGGUUUUGGUUCUACCUUAUUAUAUCUUAUUCGUUUUAAUACUUGGUAUACAAUAGAAUGUAAGAUCAUUCGGUUGUCAAAAGAAGUCAGAGAAAAUUUGAUUCGUAUCAGAAUUGUGGUUUCCGUUUUCACAAAUGCUUCUUUCAUACAAACUGAUACAAUCCUGGAUACUACAUAAAAUGUUCAAGUUGUCAGCUUCGGUUCUCAUAAAUUUGAAAGAUCAGACAAAUUUUAACAUUUUAGUAGCUGAAAACGUAUCAAAAUAUUAUCAGGUCGAAAGUAAAUUCGAAUCAACAUAAAAUACCGUAAUUGUAAAAAACUUCAACUACCUUUUCCAAGGUUUUCAGUUGGUAAUAUGCUCCGUACGAAUAUCUGGUUUAAGUAUGACUGUAUUCGACUAUAAUAGUUUAGAUUUCGCAGAAUUCAUCGUUGAGUUGCGUACAUAAUAAAUAGAACAAAAAAACUAAGGAAAGCUCGUUGUAAAUCACGGCAAUAAAUUUGUAAUAGACGGAACAUAAUUCAUUUCAGAAACAAUAGUAUAGAAACAUGUAAAUUCUCUCUUGAUCCAUCCAUGAUACCCUCCCUGAUUGCAAAUCUUCGAAGACCACCACCCGUAGACGUAAGAUUUACAAAUUUGACAGAAAAACAUUGACUGCAGAUGAGCUUGUGAAAUUGCAUUACAA